UUAUCGAUUCCAUACAAUUAGCAUUCUAUCUCCUCAGUAGUGCUACAUCUACAUAUAAACAACAAAUUAAGCACUUCAAAAAAGAGAGAUAGAAAUGGAGAGGUCGAUGAGUAAAGUUUUGGUGACUUUUGGUUUCAUUGUGGCAGUGUUCAUGCAACAUUCUUAUGUGGGUGCACAAACGGUGCAUGUUGUGGGAGAUACCAGUGGUUGGACCGUUCCUCCAAAUGGUGCAGCUUUCUAUCAAAAUUGGGCUGCUAAUAAGAAGUUCGUCGUUGGUGAUAUUCUAACUUUCAACUUCCCGACCAAUGCCCACGAUGUAGUCCAGGUUCCAAAAGAAUCAUUCGACGCAUGCAACUCCAAUAACGCAAUAGGCCAAAUCAUCACCACAGGCCCAACAAACAUAACAAUCGACUCCUCAGGAAACCUCUUCUUCAUCUGCACAAUCGGAGAUCACUGCGAGGGAGGCCAGAAGUUAUCCAUCACCGUCUCCGCCUCAGCUCCCGGCGCUUCGCCACCUUCCGGAAGCACUCCUGCUCCACCUCCACCUUCCACUACCGCUCCUCCUACCGCCCCGUCCCCCAAUGAAGCUUGUGCUCCCACUCCAUCAUCCUCUCCCACACCUUCAUCCACUGCUCCCGGAGGUUCUCCCGUCCCGCCACCACCUGGCUCUUCUUCGACCGCCGUUUUGGCCGGUGUCUCCUUGUCCUUCUUCUCCAUUGUCAUCGGCUUGUUCUUUUAGAUUUUUUCUUUUUUAAUUUUUAAUUUUGACGGUUCAUUCUUAUAGUUUUUACGAUUUUGGUUGUCAUUUUGGUUCAAUUGGUCUUUAUGCCAUUCAGUAUUUUUUUUAAGGUUGGUUAUAGAAAUUCAGAUUUUUAUUAGAAAGCACAAUAUCUGUAAGAUCUAGUACGACGUACUUCAUGAUCAAUAAAAAGGUUUCUUUGUAGAAAUCCUUCACAAUUA